AUGGGGCUAAGACGUGGACUAGUAACAUCCUAUUUUGUUUGUAGUAUGGAUGAAAAGAACAAUGUGUUCAGAAUGGAAUCUACGACAACCCUUCGGUCAGAAAGUGUUGACCUCAAUGAAAAAUAUAACCCAUUCGAAAACAGGAAUGUGCCACACACGACGUCGACUCUGGGUUCAUUCUUUCAUUUGCUCAAAUCAGCGUUAGGAACAGGACUGCUGGCAAUGCCAGCGGCAUUUAAAAACAGUGGCCUGAUCCCAGGAAGUAUCGGAAUAGUAUUAGUGGCUAUUAUCGCUACACAUUGUGUUCAUAUAUUAGUGAAAACUUCUCGCGACAUCUGCGAAGAAUGUCGUCUGGGAUCAUUAAGUUACACAGAUACUUGUGUCAAAGUAUUUAAACAUGGACCUAACAGGCUAAGGUCUUACACUGGAUUCGUAAGAAACUUCGUGGACUACGCUAUGGCUGGAGUCUGUAUCGGCGGAACCAGUGUUUAUGUUAUUUUCAUUGCGUCUUCCUUAAAAAACAUCUUGGAUCACUUUUAUCCCGAACAUAAGUAUUCAGUGGAACUGUAUUGUGCCAUAUUACUUUUGCCUCUUGUAGUUCUAACUCAAGUGAGGCAUCUAAAAUUUCUUGUUCCAUUCUCCAUAUUUGCGAACGUGUGUCUCCUUUUGACAUUCCUAGCGACGUGUUAUUACACCUUCAUGGAUUUAUCAAAGGCGGCUGAUGUCAAUCUUAUCUCCAGUGUAGAGCAAUGGCCUCUGUUUCUGAGUACAGCUAUAUUUUCGAUGGAAGGAAUCAACGUGGUUAUGCCAGUAGAGAAUGAGAUGAGUAAUCCGGAACAUUUUCUGGGCUGUCCUGGAGUGUUAAAUGCCACUAUGUUGGUAGUAGUGAUCCUGUAUGCUGUUGUGGGAUUUUUUGGAUACUUGAAAUAUGGGGAAGGUGUACUUGGAAGUAUAACCUUGAACUUACCUGAAGAUGAACUACUGGCAUUGGCAGCCAAAAUUCUUGUUGCUGUGGCUGUGUUCUUUACAUAUUUUCUCCAAAUGUAUGCUCCAAUGGAUAUUCUAUGGUUGCGUAUGAAAGAAAGAAUCAGUCAAAAAUAUCAUAACCUUGGACAGAUAAUGCUACGAACUGUGAGCGUAACGAUUACUGUCGUGUUAGCAGUUGCCGUACCAGACCUUGAACUUUUAAUAGGUCUCGUCGGAGCCAUAUUUUUUUCAACGUUGGGUCUUCUAAUUCCAGUUGUAGUUCAAACUGUUCACAAAUGGGAGAGAGGAUUGGGGAAAUAUUCUUAUAUUUUAUGGAAAAAUGCUCUUUUAUUAAUAGUGUACAUCAUUGUAAUAGUGUCCGGUUGUUAUUCAAGUAUCACAAAAAUUAUUGAAAAAUUUACAUAA